CAGCCAGUGGUUGCUUUUCCUGCUGGAUUCAUCAUGCUAACUCCAGCUUUUGAGCUGACCCAGGAUCCGGAUUUUCUUACGAUAAUAAUCAAAGUACCUUAUGCCAGAGCUUCAGAGUUUGACGUGUAUUUUGAAGGGGAAGAUUUUAAAUUUUAUGCUAAGCCGUACUUUCUCAGAUUGACGCUUCCUGGAAGAAUCGUAGAAGAUGGUAGAGAAAAAGCAUCUUAUAAUACAGACAAAGGAACUUUUACAAUUCGGUUACCUAAGGAGAUUCCUGGCCAAUAUUUUGAGGGACUGGACAUGCUGACAUCUCUUUUAGCACCAAAGAAAUCAAGAUCAGCAAAACCUUUAGUAGAAGAGAUAGCUGCCUCCGCUGAGUUGUCUGAGGAGGAAGAAGAAUUUGACUGGGAAAUAGAGCAGACCCCUUACAAAGAAAGUGCAGAAAGCACUCUACCGCUACAGUACCGUUAUGGAUUUGGGAAUUUGCGGUCAGGGGUGUUCCAGCAGCUGCAGGAUGAACUCAGUGAUGUUAUUGACAUUAAGGAUCCAGACCAAACUCCUGUAGAUGAACGUAGGAGGAAACGCCUGGCAGCUGAGACUGCCAAGUUUGAGCCUGAUCAUUACCUAGCUGAUUUUUUUGAAGAUGAAGCUAUUCAGCAUGUCUUAAAGUACAAACCAUGGUGGGUUGAUGCUCAUAAAAAAAUGAUAGCCUUGCAGGGAGAAAGUCAUCAGGAACAUGACACUCAUACGUUUGUUGUCUUCUCUGAGGAAGAGAGAGAGCAGCUGAGAAAAUUCACAAAUAAAUCUUAUCUUCUGGAUAAAAGAAGCCGUCAUCAUGUAUAUCUUGGUUUAAUUGAUAUCCUUCUGGCAUAUUGCUAUGAAGUCUGUGUCAAUGAAGGAGACAAGAAUGUUGAAUCAUCUUGGAAUGUCAGGAAACUGAGUGCAACAUUGUGCUGGCUGGAGAGUUUCACCAGCAUUCAUGAUGUCCUGGUAUCUUUUGGAAGAAGAGUGCUAUGCUAUCCCCUACACAGACACUUUGGAUUAGUGACACGUGCCUUCAAUGAUACAGUCAUGAUACUGCAACUAGGAAAAGCUGCAGUUUUGAAGUGUCUGCUGGACAUUCACAAGAUUUUUAUGGAGAAUGACCCUGCCUACAUACUUAAUGAUCUCUUCAUUACGGACUAUUGCGUCUGGAUUCAAAAAACCAAGUCAAAAAAGUUGGCUGCGCUCUCUGAAUCCUUGCGGAAAACCACACUUGCUAAGUCCCACAUAGGAUUUGAACUAGAAGAGCUGGAAGCAGCAGCAGUGCUGGUACAAGAGGAAGAGAGCAUGUUAAAAGCUGCUGGCACAGUUUCCAAGCAACAGCUGCCUUCCUCUGAGUCGGAGACAAGUGACUCUGAAGAAUCAAGCAGUACUUCAUCUGAGACAGAAGGCUCUGAUUCAGAUGAGCGAGAGUCCUCAACCAGUGAAGAUGGGAAAAUAAAUUCUUUACAAGGCACGCUUCAAGAGGAGAAGACAGCUCCACUUAUUGACUGUAAUGGAUUAAGGCAGGGCACAAACACUUCGUCGUUUGAGGUUAGUGAUGAAAAAUCAACGGUUUCUUUGCCAUCUACAUCUGUUCCUGGAAAACUGGUAGAAGAAUUAGAAAAGCAAAUGCACACUGCAAUUAGACUUUCAGAACAGCCUGAAGGAUUGGCUACUGCAAGCUGCGUAUUACAGAAACAAGAAGAAAACCGUGUAUCUGAACCUGACAGAUUUUCAAAAGAUACUACUGGGAAGGGAAACUUCUUGGAGGUGUCUUCAAAGACAAACCCAUUGCUUUUUCUUUGCAGCACAAAUGAAGAUGAAUUCUAAAGGACCAUGUUAGAACACGGUGUGAUCCACUGGCAGCACAGCUCAUUGCUAUAAUGAGGUGUUCCCAAGGCUAUCCUGAGCUGCAGAAAGAAGUUGAUAUUUUUCUUCUUUGUUGUGUUGACAGUUUGGAGGACAAGACUGCUUUGAAAAGAAUUGAUAUGACUGUAUGAUAGAUACGCUCAUAGUUUUUUAUUUUUCUUCUCUGAUUCAACAGAGUCUCAGAUUUGAUCUCUACAUGUGGGAAUGUGUAAUUUCAGAAAACUUCUAGAAACAGUUUUCAUUAAGCUUAUUCGGUAGUAGAAUGAUGUCCUAAUCAAAUACAACUGAAAUGAGCUGUAGCAUCAUUUUAGUUAUCUUUAGCUGUUGGGAUUUACUUGAAAAAUAUCCUCGUUAUGUUUGUAUAAACUUGUUUUUGACAUUUUGCUGCAUUUUUUUAAAUUUUAAAAUGCCUUAUAGCUAACCACUUCAAAAAUAAUGGUUAUAACUUUAAAAGUCUAAAUAGUGCUGACAAAUUAUUUCUAAAUAUAUAAAUAUUUUCUAUUUUUUGUACAAAAUAAAGGAAAUUUCUUUAUCAUCAGUGCAAGAUAGAAGGGUUAUAGCUUAUUUCUACCAGAUAGAAGGGUUAUAACUUAUAUUUCUGCAGUUCUUACGUAAGUUAUUUCAACAGUUUUGUCAUGUAUUUAUUAUUUUGUGCUGUUUUUGAAAUGUUUCCACAUGUGGACACUACUGUUUCUUUUUAAAGAACAGAAAUCCUAAUUAUUUCUUAUUUCUUUCUGCAAAUGCUCUUAAUAUCACCACAGUAAUGUUAACCAAAAUGAAGAAACAACAUGGUACAGUGCUCUUGAGUAUAGGACUGAAAGCAAACCUGUGCUGUCUAGACCUGGCUUUGUUACUAGUCUGUCGCGUAGCUUUGGCCAACUCAUUUGCUCCUUUUUGUCUUUAUAACAUUAAAAUAAUCCAAU